CAACAGCAACAGCACAGACGCACAGUUGAAUUGAGUAGACGCGCAGUUGGUCUGACGUUCAGCGCGAGUUGAGGUGAAUAAAUCGACAAGAAGUAUCGCCGCCAGCCAAAUCACACGGUCGCUUGAACGGACGCUCGCCCGCUCGGUCGCACACAGCCACAGAUAUUUACAUAUUUAAUGGCAUUAUUUGUAUUUUGUGGUGUUUUGUGGUAUUUCCAUUUCAUUUCAUGCAUUCUUCCAUUGUGCUGCUUGCCAAAUUCGUGCGCGCGCUAAACGCACGGUGAAAAGCUGGAAAACAAGUUGCUGAUAAAAUCAAUUCGCGGCUACAGCGACGCGGUGCCGAUGGUUUCGAAUAAUAAGCGAAUUUAAGUGUUUAAUCUAAUCACCCAUGCAGCUGAAGUGCUCCAGAAUUGUUAGUGUAGCUUGCAUUGAUUAAGCGCAUGGUUGGCGCAAUUGGAUAUGUGCGUGAGUGUGUGUGUGUGUGUGUGUAGAAUUGAAGUGUCUUUCAGUUAACGCGCUGACGGUUACGGUGACAACGAACCGCGGCUUCUGUACCUAUACAGUCAAGGAAUUGAGUAAAUUUAAGCCAAAGUAAAAUAAGCUGCAAGCAUGCUUUCUGGGAAUAAAAUCCAACGUGUGAGUUGCUGCUAAGAAACCGCGCAAAAUAAUCAAAAAGAGCAUCAGAUGCUGUCCAUUGAAAAUCAUUCAACGGCAAGACUUGUCAGAGCAAAUGAGAACCAUGAGACGAUAAUAAUUCAAUAGCAAUAAACUGCUAGACAGCAUAAGGAGCUGACGUAACAACCAACGUGAGUGCACAAAUAACACCAACGCCAGCCACUGAAAACAUUACGACGAACACGACCACCAAUAACAACUACAACAACAACAACAAAACACCAACUACGAUUGCAACUACAACUACAUCUACAUUAGCAACAAUACUAUCGAUAACAUUAAGAGGCAGCAUUACACCCUCACUUAAACAGAAGCAGCACACCGCGCGUCCAAUUCAAUCGAUAGCGUCCUCACUCAUCCCCGCCUUGCACCAGCACUACCUCCCACGGCCGCUCACAGCCCCUCCAGCAUGCUGGGUGAUAUAAUUUCACCGUCAAUCGCAACUUGGAGCACAACGCAACACUUCUACACCGACCUGGACGUUGAGACGCCUGUGGUGCACGGCGCCGCCGCCACCGACCUGCAUGCACCCCUGCUGGACAACUACGACAUCUACAACAAAGUGUACAGCAAUGCUACAUCAAUGUUGUUCGACGCCAACGAAACGAGCGCAUAUCAAAUUGUUUUGAAUGGAACGAGCGGCAACUUGAGCAACAGCAACAACAUUUUAUUGAACCUGGGCGAUGGCGGCGGCAACACUGACGGUUUCAUCACAUUCAACGGCAGCGACGGGAUGCGGAAUGCCAGCAGCAAUAUUGUUGAUGUGUUUAUAGGUGAGCGUAAUGAGUUUGAUGACCAGCAACUGGAUGAUAUUAUGGGCUAUGGCGACGGCUUCAGAGCACGGGAGCCGACGGUGGCGUUGGUGAAAAUGAUUGCCAUGUCCAUUGUGUUGGGUCUGCUCAUCUUCAUAACCAUAAUAGGCAAUGUUUUUGUAAUAGCGGCAAUUAUACUGGAGCGCAACCUACAGAAUUUGGGCAAUUACUUGGUGGUCUCGCUGGCGGUGGCCGACUUGUUGGUGGCAUGCCUGGUGAUGCCACUCGGCGCGGUUUACGAGAUUAGCGAGGGUUGGAUACUUGGCCCGGAGCUAUGCGACAUUUGGACUUCGUGCGACGUGCUCUGCUGCACAGCGUCCAUACUGCAUCUGGUGGCGAUUGCAGCCGACAGAUACUGGACAGUCACAAACAUAGAUUACAGCAACGUCCGCACACGAGGUCGGGUCUUCUGCAUGAUAUUUUGCGUCUGGUUUACAGCGCUCAUAAUCUCGUUGGCACCGCUGCUCGGCUGGAAGGAUCCGGACUACAUGCAACGAAUCGAAAGGCAAAUAUGUAUGGUUUCGCAGGAUGUGGGCUAUCAGAUUUUUGCAACAUGUUGCACAUUUUAUGUGCCACUUUUGGCCAUACUGGCGCUCUACUGGAACAUCUACAAAAUCGCACGCAGACGCAUCCAGCGACGCAUCCAACAACGUCCACUCCCUGUGGCACCUAGUCACAAUCAGAAGUGCUCCACCGCUUCGAUGCAGCGCAAACGUAAGCGCCUAAAAAUAUGCUUCGGCAAGGCGGAACAGAACGCGGCCGCCGUCGCCAACAACAUGGAAACGAACGUCGGCAACUCGCUUAGCAUCAGCAACAUGCGCGAGGAGACCGAGUACAGCACCAGCAACUUCGAUAGCAAAAGUCACGCAACCGAGGUGACAACGGCCUCGGGGGAAGCGGAAGAGUCUCAAGUCUCCGCUAUUGGUGAAAUCUCCACAGUCUCGCAAGAAGUGGCCAGCACCGCGCAGCAGCAACAGGCGAUCGCGAUUACAUUAACCACAUCAGCACAGCAUUUGGCUAUCGCUGGUGCUGCUCAGACCACCGCCGGCAAGGAGGCCACGUCAACCAACAAGCUGCUCUCGAGCAUACCAAAUCCCUACCACAAGCUGGCUAAACGCCGCCAAAUGCUCGAAGCGAAGCGCGAACGCAAAGCCGCACAAACAUUGGCCAUCAUCACAGGCGUCUUCGCCAUCUGCUGGCUGCCUUUCUUCGUCAUGGCGCUCAUGCUGUCGCUCUGCAAGGAAUGCCACAUCAGCGCCGCACUCACGUCACUCUUCCUCUGGCUGGGCUACUUCAACUCGACACUCAACCCGAUCAUCUACACCAUUUUCAAUCCGGAGUUCCGACGCGCCUUCCAACGCAUCCUCUGCGGACGCAAACGCACGCUGCCCAGCCGCAGCGGGAAGAUUUGAUUCUGAGAGUAGUUGAGUAGCGUGGUCGUUACUUUUGUAUCGCCACGCUACAACACAUGCAAACGAGAUACUAACCGAACGGAGCACACAGCUGAAAUACACAGCAUGUAAUAACAGUAAACACCGACAACAACAACAACACGAGUAACACCACACAACCAAUCCCCGCCCAGUGACUACAUCGAAGUUGCACGUCUCCUCGCCAGUUGAUUCACACAAGCAAGCAGCGAAAGCAAACAAGCAAACAAACGAACAGACGAAAGUCACUAAGAAGUGCCAGAUUCACCUAUGGCAACUCGUGUAGAGGGCCGCCCCGCCCUGCCCUUGCGACAUUUCAGCAAACUCGCCGCCACUGCACACCCUCGACCGCACAGCCCCGACCGCACCACUCACGCACGCAGCGCCAUUCGAUGCACUCGCGUGUAAUUCCCUCCUUAUGCAAAUAACAAGCAACGAAGAACUCUCCGAGCAUAUGCGAUACACAAAUACCACUUGAGCAUGUGAUGUGACUAGAAUGAAAAGUACAUGCGGUUGGUGAGUGUGUGCGUGUGCAAAUAUGGCACUUCCGCUGCGAAUAAACACACAGCCGCCGCACACUCACCCGUUCACCCGCGCGGGUGCUCCGAGUUGUAAGUGUUUGCUCAUGGAAGUGAACUCGUCUGGAAAUUUAGCAGCAAUUUCUUUGCUUAAGUUUCUGAGGGCACCCGAGCAUGGGAAAUCGUACAACCGAUUGAUAACGGCCACGCACAUGUAAACCAACAAGCAAUAAGCACACACACAUACACAUACAAACACCAACUCACCGAAUUUGUGAUUUGAUAGCAACUGAAGUUCGAUACUUAAAGCUAAAUAGCUACAGCGCGCUGACAAUCUGGACACCAGUCACAUGUCCCAGCCAUCUUCCAAAAGCCAAUUAAAGGAUUUUUCGUCAUUAAAUCUACUUUUGUUACAGACACAUACAUAUGUAUAGCGGUGACACAUAUGUAUGUACACACACAACUAAACAUACAACAUAUAUACAAUAUUUAGAGAGAGAGAGAGAGAGAAUCAACUAACAAAUAUACUUGUACUUGUAAGUAAGUAUGUAGUUUGUAGUGGCAUAAAUUAAGUGAAAGUAAACGAUACGCUUUUAAAGAGACACAAAAACAAAGUUUUAAUAGUAUUUAGAAUGAUUUACUACGUUUUUUAAGAACUCGCAAAGUCUUCUGAUAGUCUUGGGAACAACUAUAUACAUAUAUACCUACUUAUAAGUGGAUAUUAACUGAACCCAUGUGCAUAUAUAUAUAUGUAACUGUAAACUUAAGUACUUAACUGUGCAAUCGCAAGUCAAAAAUCAAAAGUAUUUAUAAAUUCGUUAGUGUAAGUAUAUGUCAGUGAUUGUUAGUACAUAGUUUAAGGCAUUGCGUCAUAUUACUCAUAUAACUGUACAUACAAAAACAAAAAAAAGUUAAAAAUUGAUAAUAUUUUUUUGCAUUCAGCGUUCUUUUACUCGGCAUAUGUACGUGUGUAGGUUAUCACUUAGUCACUUAUGUACUGCGCACUCAUACAUAGUACUUAUGUAAAUGUAUAUAAAGCUCAGUUAUCAUAAUCGCAUUUCUAUUGUAUGUAUGUAUGUAUGUUCGCGAUUUGAGAUUUGAAUACGCCUAAGUAGAUUAGUGUGCUAAGCUUAUUUUUCGACUUUGUUGCGCGCAAUGCGCUCCCCAGGAAAUGGGACUUUAUGGUGCCAUGGUGAACCUGCAUAAGCCCACAGGACCCUUUUAAAUCCCCGCCUUGUUAAUAACUUUGUAAAUAGAUUAAGUGUGUACGGCUAGUUUAUCCACGCUCAUAGAGCGUUUUGAGCGCUUAUUUUUUCAGCUUACCUGUUGGUGUAACUAGCAAAUGAAUUCGCGACAACCACAGCAACAAAACCAUAAUAAUAAUGUUAAUAAGUGUAACUAGAAACGCUGGCAAUGUAUAGAUCUGAAAAUAAACUGUCUGUAAAAAACUGCA